AGACUGACUUAUUGGCAACGACUGACUUAUUGGCAACCUUAUCGAUAAGAAUAAUUGAAGAUAUGGGAGUCCAUCCAUAAAGUGAAUGAUCCUAUAGACAGUAGUUCAACGGACAUCCAGAAUGAGCUACAGAGCUUGUAAUUACUAGCGUUCUGUAACAGUACAAUAAGUCCUGAAAGGAAUAUAACAGUAAUGGACUCUGUAGGUGAAGUGGGAGAUGAGAUUCAACCAAGAAGUUACUGGAGAUGGAGCAAGCAAGAUUUCUUCCCAGAAGAUUCUUUCCAGAAUUGGAGCGCAUACCAAGCAGCACUGUCACAAACAUUUACCAGAUUCAAGGACCGAGCUGCAAGCCGUUCCGAGGAUGCUGAUGAGAUUGUGGAGCUAAAGAAACAAAGUGAGAAUGAAAUGAAACGUUGCCUUAGUUGGUGGGAUCUCACCUGGUUUGGUUUUGGCUCUGUUAUUGGAGCAGGCAUCUUCGUACUCACUGGCCAAGAAGCUCAUGAGCAUGCCGGACCAGCGAUAGUUUUAUCGUAUCUAGCUUCUGGCAUUUCAGCAAUGCUCUCUGUAUUCUGCUACACAGAAUUUGCAGUAGAAAUUCCUGUAGCAGGAGGGUCAUUUGCCUACAUCAGAGUAGAACUGGGAGACUUUGCAGCCUUUAUCACAGCAGGAAACAUAAUUCUUGGAUCCAUCGCUGGUAGUGCGGCAGUAGCAAGAGCUUGGACUUCUUACUUUACAACUCUCCUGAAUCGUCAUCCAAACUCUUUGCGUAUACAUACAAAUCUCACAGACGGGUUCAACUUACUAGAUCCAAUAGCUGUUGCAGUUCUAGUAUUUACAUCAAUAAUUGCAAUAAGCAGCACUAGGAGAACUUCAUAUUUCAACUGGAUAGCAUCAGCAGUAAAUAUGGUGGUGAUUUUAUUUGUCAUAGUUGCUGGAUUUGCUCAUGCCAAUACCUCCAAUUUGACACCCUUUGUGCCACAUGGUGCCAAAGGUAUCUUUGUUGCAGCAGCAAUAGUGUAUUUUGCAUAUGGGGGUUUUGACAACAUUGCAACCAUGGCAGAGGAAACAAAAAAUCCAUCUAAAGAUAUACCACUAGGAUUGCUAGGGUCAAUGUCAAUUAUCACGGUAAUAUAUUGCUUGAUGGCACUUUCACUGAGUAUGAUGCAGAAGUAUACGGAUAUAGACCCUAACGCUGCCUAUUCUGUUGCAUUUCAAGGCGUGGGGAUGAAAUGGGCAAAAUACCUGGUCGCCCUUGGAGCUCUGAAGGGGAUGACCACUGUCCUUUUGGCAGGAGCACUUGGGCAGGCACGAUAUGCCACUCAUAUUGCACGAGUUCACAUGAUUCCACCAUGGUUUGCACUUGUUCACCCAAAGACAGGAACUCCCAUAAAUGCAACUAUCCUGAUCAGGCUUGCAAGUGCCUGUAUAGCGUUCUUUUCAAGUUUGGAUGUCUUGGCAAGUUUGUUAUCUGUAAGCAGCCUUCUCAUAGCCACGAUGGUGGCCGUUGCUCUGCUUAUGAGGAGGUACUAUGUUAGAGGUAUCACUCCCCGGACAAAUCUUUUGAAGCUAACCUUCUUUGUACUGGUCAUAAUUGUAUCCUCCGUGGGGACUUCUGCUUACUGGGGACUGAAGCCUAAUGGUUGGCUUGGAUACAUAGUAACUGUUCCCCUUUGGUUCCUGGCAACUUUGGCAAUUUCGGUUCUUUUGCCACAGGAAAGAACACCAGAAGUCUGGGGAGUCCCACUGGUCCCAUGGUUCCCAUCCCUCUCAAUUGCAAUAAACUUGUUUCUCAUGGGAUCAUUCGAAGCUUGGGCAUUUAUAAGGUUUGGAAUAUGUACGGUUGUAAUGCUGAUGUAUUAUUUUCUUUUUGGCCUCCAUGCAACUUAUGACAUGGCUCAUCAAUCAAAGAUGCCAAUGUCUUCAAAGAUCUCAGAAGAAGACAUGGAAAAAGCUAGGGCAUAAGUUUUUUUACACCUAUGAUUAAAUCUGGGACUUGAGUUCCAUCGCACUUAUUCCUGCAAUCAAAAUAUUUAUGUUA